AGGAGGCCAGGUCCAACUAUGAAGGAUUGGGAAGUCUCUGACAAAGAAAAUGAAUUUCGAGGCAAGCUGCUGAGUCAGAGGUGGACGAGAGGAGAGAGGAUCAGCAGUUGCGAAACGACAAAGAGUCUGCAGAGCCGACGAAUCAAAAUGAGCCUAGACAGUGAUGAGAAGAGAACACGAACGAGAUCCAAGGGAACUAGAGUACCUGCAGAAUCUGUAGGACAAGAGUUAAGUGCACUGAGCUGCCCCUUGGCCAGGAAGAGGAAACUCCAGGAAGCGGAGACAGAGCAGGAGCAGCCCCCCUCCAAGAGGAAGUCCCACCCCCUGAAGCUGGCCCUGGAUGAGGGCUACAAUGUGGACAGCGACGGCAGCAGCGAGGAGGCGGAGGCCAAGGAGGACUCUGGGGCGGAGGAGUCAGAGGAGGCCCAGGAGGAGCAGCAGGAGGAGGUGACGGAGAAGAAAGAGAAGAGCAGAGAGACACAGAACACACCUGAGCCUGCAGAUGAAGAAUGUGUGGUAGUGGAGGCAGCAAGCACUGGAAAAUCUAAAGAGGGUGAGCAGUUAACCAAAGCCGUGUCCAUUGCUGGGGCUCAGAAGGAGGACUAUUCCAGCUACCAUGAGAUGGUGGCCAGCUCCCUGCUUAACCUUGGCCAGAUCGCCCAGAGCCGCAGCCCAGCAGAGGCCACGCCCGUCCAGCGACAAGUUGCUAUGGACACAGUGACGGAAAGUUUGGAGACAGCAGAGCAUGAUAUCAUGGAGGAGCAGGCUGAUGGGGAGGAAGAGGAGGAUGAAGAUGACGAGGUCGAAAGCGUGGGAGAAGUGAAGAAGCAAACAAUAGCAGUGCAGCAGCCUGCAGGGGACAGGGCAGAAGACCGAGCCGCUGAGGACGAGGAAGACGAAGAAGAGGAAGAUGAUGAGGAAGAGGAGGAAGAGAAGCAGUGCAUGAGCCAGAAGGACAACUCGGACCACCAGUACUUCAGUGGGGAGUUUCAGAAGCUGCAAGCCACGGACGCGGCGGAGGAGGAACCAGCCCCAGUGAGGCGACGUGAGGAGUCCCCGGAGGAAGACGAGGAGGAAGACGAUGAUGACGACGAGGAAGAGGGAGCCUGCGCCGCACCCACCACCUCAAGCGAGACCACCGCUGGCACCCCAGCUCAGGGAUCAGACACCGAGACACAGAGCGAGGGGCACGGGCCCCUGCCCCAGGAGGACUACGCUUCCCAGAAGGCCACAGCGUCCGUCGUCAUCGAGGUGCGGUCGGAGGAGUCGGAGAAAGAGGACGAUGAGGAGGACGAAGAGGGAGAUGACGAGGAGGAGGACGAGGAUGACGACAGCCUCUCGCAGAAGUCAGCAGUGACGGAUGAGUCAGAAAUGUAUGACAUGACACGGGGCAACCUGGGGCUGCUGGAGCAGGCCAUCGCUCUCAAGGCCGAGCAGGUGAAAGGCCCGCGUGAGGUUGGCCGUGCCCAUGACCACCUCAGGUAUUUUACCAUGGAGGACCGCCCUGGAAAGCCCAUCGACACAAUUCGCAAGGGCUACUUCAGCAAAGAGAGUUCCAGGCCAGAGAAACGGGAGAUCAAAUGUCCAACGCCAGGGUGUGAUGGGACGGGUCACGUGACGGGGUUGUACCCCCACCACCGCAGUCUGUCCGGCUGCCCGCACAAGGACAGGAUCCCUCCAGAGAUCCUGGCCAUGCACGAAAAUGUGCUGAAGUGUCCGACACCUGGCUGCACGGGACAGGGUCAUGUCAACAGCAACCGCAACACACACAGAAGUUUGUCAGGAUGCCCCAUUGCAGCAGCAGAGAAGCUGUCCAAAUCUCACGAAAAGCAACAGCUCGCUCAGCCCAUGAACGAGCACCCCAAAGGGAGCCCCAACUCCGACAGAGUUCUCAGUGCUGUGUCGUCUCUCCCCCCUGGCUGCAGGCCCAUGUGUUUUGUGAAGCAGCUGGAGAUCCCCCAGUACGGCAGCUACAGACCCAAUGUGCUCCCCACCACACCCCGCGCCAACCUGGCCAAGGAACUGGAGAAGUACUCCAAGGUCUCCUUCGAUUAUGCAAGCUUCGACGUUCAGGUCUUUGGAAAACGCAUGCUUGCGCCAAAGAUACACACCAGUGAAACCUCACCAAAAGCCUUUAAACCUAAACCAUUCCCCAAGGCCUCAUCCCCCAGCCGCAGCCUGUCGGGAGGCUAUGCGAAGAACGCCUCCUCCUCUUCUUCCUCCAGUGGUUACGACUACUCCCAUGAUGCUGAGGCUGCCCACAUGGCUGCCACCGCCAUCCUCAACCUGUCCACCCGCUGCUGGGAAAGGCCUGAGAACCUGAGCACCAAGCAGCAGGACUUGGCCAGCAAGAGCAUGGACAUUGAAGUGGACGAGAACGGGACGCUGGACCUGAGCAUGAAGAAGCCCAUCAAGCGAGAGGGCAGUCUGUCAUGCACCAGCCCUGGGGUGCGUUCACCAGACCCCUCCUCCUCCUCUUCCUCCCAGCACCCAGGCAGCAGCGACAUGACUUCACCCCAGUCUAGCCACGCCUACAAGCAGGACGAGUGGGAGGGGCCCCUGGACUACACCAAACCCAAUCGCCAGCGGGAGGAGGACUUGGAGGAGAUGGAGCAGACCGCACAGUCAUUCGCAUCAUCUGAUGCCGAGGAUUGCGAGAUGAUGCAGGACUGCCUGGAGGACAGGAAGUACCCUGGAGAGGUCACAACCCCCAGCUUCAAGGUCAAGUUCCAGAACAAGGACUGCAAGAAGGAGCUGCUGCUGUGUCCCACCCCUGGCUGUGAUGGAAGUGGCCACAUCACUGGAAACUAUGCAUCCCAUCGCAGCCUGUCUGGGUGUCCUCUUGCUGAUAAGAGCCUGCGGUCCCUCAUGGCAGCCCACUCUGCCGAGCUCAAGUGCCCCACUCCAGGAUGUGAUGGAUCAGGUCAUAUCACUGGGAACUAUGCCUCCCACAGAAGUUUGUCUGGGUGCCCACGUGCCAAGAAAGGUGGAAUAAAAACAACUCCCACCAAGGACGACAAGGACGACUCCGAGCUCCUAAAAUGCCCAGUCCCAGGGUGCGACAGCCUGGGCCACAUCAGUGGGAAGUACGCCACCCACCGCAGUGCCUACGGGUGCCCGCUGGCUGCACGCAGACAAAAAGAGGGGCUCCUCAAUGGCUCUCCAUUCUCCUGGAAGUCCUUCAAGACUGAGGGCCCUACUUGCCCUACACCUGGCUGCGAUGGCUCCGGCCAUGCCAACGGGAGCUUCCUCACACACAGGAGUCUCUCCGGCUGUCCCAGAGCGUCCUUUGCCAAGAAGAAGGCCAAGUUUCCUGGGGAUGAAUAUCUCAGCACCAAAUUCAGAGCCAGCGAUGUUCUAGACAAUGAUGAAGACAUCAAGCAGCUGAACAAAGAGAUCAGUGAACUGAAUGAGUCAAACACUGAGAUGGAAGCAGACAUGGUCAACCUCCAGACACAGAUCUCAUCCAUGGAGAAGAACCUGAAGAACAUUGAGGAGGAGAACAAGAUCAUUGAGGAGCAGAACGAGGCCCUUUUCAUGGAGCUAUCAGGACUGAGUCAGGCCCUGAUCCGCAGCCUGGCCAACAUCCGCCUCCCGCACAUGCAGGAGCCAAUAACUGAGCAGAAUUUCGACGCCUACGUGAACAUUCUGACUGACAUGUACUCCAACAAGGAAUGCUACCAGAAUCCGGAGAACAAGGCCCUGCUGGAAACCAUAAACCAAGCAGUGAAGGGCAUCAAGGUCUGAUAAAGAAGAAUUUAGAGAAAACCACAGAGAGACUAUGUUAUAUACAUAAAUAUAUAUAUAAAGCAAACAAUACAAAAAAGGGCAUUCAGGUUUUUCAACGGCAAUGUGCGUCUUUCCAGGGAGCAUUCCAUUACAAGAAAAAAAAGACACCAGGACCAAAUGCAUAUAUGCUGCUGUCGCUGGGAUUGUAAGGACAAGCGGAACAGUACCAAAUUCCAGUCUUUUUUUUUUUUUAAGAAAGCUGUCCCAGCUUUUCCUACAUGGCACACUUCAGCCAGCAGUAGAAAAAAGGAAAAAAAAAAAAUAAAAACAAAACUGUAAGGAUCAAACAAGCAGAUGGCAGACAGGGCUCUAACACCUGCCUUUGCAGAAGAGAAAGAAGAAAAAAAGUGAAUUGAAUGUCUAAUCAUAUCAUUGUAUUUUCUCAGCGUGUCAGAUCUAAUGAAAUUGCAAUUGGCCUGUCAAAACAAGAAAGAUAGGCAUAUAUAGCGGUGAGCAGGUUAACACGAUGGCCCCCCUCCUCUUAUCAUGGCUUUUUUAAGGAGAGACUGGAUCUUCCUUGAUGGACUCAACAGUGUGCAUUUGGGCCUUAACCUUUAACCUUCACUUGCUCUUUUCUCAUAUUGUGACUAUUUUUUGGGGGGGAAAGGUGGGACUCUGAGAUGUAGCUGGCAGUGUCCCACCACAGCAGGUAGAGCAGCAAUGCUAGGCGGGGGAACAGAAGACCAACCUGAGGUGGAAACCAUCACAGACACUGCAUGUGACCCGCGUCCUCAAGCCAAGAAUGGGAGAAUACACGUGCACAGUCACGGAUGCUGGCCCGACACGGCAGGCAGUCCCUGCUCACCUGUCCCUACUGACACAUCCAUCAACGACGCUUCCUUCAAGAAAAAUGGCCUCUGAAAAUCAGCUCCGAUUUUCAGCAGACGCGACCUCUUUCUCCUUAAAAAGAAACAGCUAUUAUAUAUUGUGUAAAUAAACUCCACUUCCAUCUAGUUAUAUCGAUAGU